UUUAACCGAUAUUUGUGUGAAGAUAAAUACGAGGUAUGUAAAAACUUAGCAAUCGUGCGGGUUGGUCCGUGACCACGACAUCUGACCUCUUAUCUGUCUCAUCUCACUGCGACUGUCGCCCGAGCCUGACGUCUGGUGUAUGUGUUAAGACCCGGAAGAUGCUGGUGCUAUGGUUGGUGGUGCUGGCGGCGGCGAGUGCGCAGGCGUGCGAGCUGACGCCGGCCGUGGCGGCGGACAACAAGUCGCCCGGAGACAACUUCUACCGCGUGCUCGUCAACGGCGAGAUCGAGAGAUACGUGCCUGAUCAGAGAUACGUUGUGACCUUAGUGGGCUCACGGACACACGACGUCGUUCAGCAGUUCACGGGCUUCAAGUUGACCUUGGAGCCCCUGGACCCAGCAGUGGGCCGGACCCCACGCAAGCAGGGUCAGUUCCAACUCUUCGCUGAUACAUUGACCAAGUUUGACGAGACAUGCACCAACUCCGUGGUGGAAGCUGAUGACUUGCCCAAGACAGAAGUCCAGGUCAUGUGGAAAGCUCCGUCUGCUGGAUCCGGAUGCGUGCUUAUCAAGGCAAUGGUUGUGGAGAAUGCAUCCCGAUGGUUCGCUGAGGAUGGUCAGUUGACGAAACGCGUGUGCGAAGAUACCUCCGCGUCUGCGCCCGGCUGCUGCGCGUGCGACGAUGCCAAGUAUAAGAUGGUGUUCGAGGGCCUGUGGUCGCCGCAGACGCACCCCAAGAACUUCCCCACGCAGGCGCUGUGGCUGACACACUUUUCUGACGUCAUCGGAGCCACUCAUCCUAAGAAUUUUAGCUUUUGGGGCGAGGGGCAGAUUGCCACUGACGGAUUCAGAUCUCUAGCCGAGUGGGGUUCCGUGGGCCUCCUAGAACGCGAGCUCCGUCAGCAGGGCGGAGUCCUACGCUCUAUCGUAAAGGCUGCCGGACUAUGGCAUCCACGUGUCAAUGCCAACACCAGUGCCGCGUUCACUGUCGACAGACGGCGCCAUCUGCUGUCGCUUGCUUCUAUGUUCGGUCCAUCCCCCGACUGGGUGGUGGGUGUCACCGGACUGGACCUGUGCCUGAAAGACUGCACCUGGGUCGAGGAGAAGGUUGUCGACCUCUUCCCGUACGAUGCGGGCACUGAUAACGGCAUUUCUUAUAUGUCACCGAACGCCGAAACGGUACCAAGAGAGAAGAUGUACCGCAUCACCCCUAUGUACCCAGAGGACCCGCGCGCUCCCUUCUACAACCCCGGGGGCUCCAUCGCGCCCAUGGCCCGUCUGUACCUGACCAGAGAGAAGGUCAUAGCUAGGUCCUGUGAUGAGGAGACCUUGCAGGCUUUAGUUAUUGAAGAGGCUGAGAACACGCAGUCUGUUAAUCGACCGGAAUGUGCGGUAUCGGAGUGGUCAGAGUGGUCGGCGUGCAGCGUGACUUGCGGCAAGGGGUUGCGCAUGCGCACCCGCGAGUACCGCAUGCCGCAGAAGGCGCAGAUGUUCGCCUGUGACCGCCAACUUGUAUCGAAAGAGAUGUGUGUCGCUGCCGUGCCGGAGUGCGAAGGAGACACAGCGCCUCAAGACAACGAGUCAGAUGUCCUUCCAAUAGAGAACAACGACGGCGUGUGCGCAACGUCGGAGUGGGGCGCGUGGAGCGAGUGCUCGGUCACCUGUGGCAUCGGGAUGAGCACGCGCCGCCGGUCGUUCGUCAACCACAUGGGGUACAAGAAGUGUCCGCUCGUGUCUACUGAGGAGAACCGCAAAUGCAUGGAGCCGCCAUGCACAGAACAAGAGAGUGACAUAUCCGACCCGGCUUGCCCCACUACUGAGUGGUCAGCUUGGUCCCCUUGCUCGGCGUCAUGUGGGCGUGGGGUUCGAUUCCGGACUCGCCUACUGCUGGUGCCCGCUGACCGCCAACAGGAGUGCUCCGCCAGGGUCGAGCUGCUGCAGCAGCGACCGUGCCAGGAACGAGAGGACUGCACCAUCGAUAUGAUGACUGCUAAGCGUAUCUGCAUGGAGGAGCCAGAGCAAGGUCCUUGCCGGGGCUUGUAUCAGCGCUGGGCGUUCGCGGCCGCCAAGGGCAUGUGCGUGCCCUUCAACUACGGCGGCUGCCGCGGUACUAGGAACAACUUCCUGACACAGGAGGACUGUACUAGCACCUGCCGGAUACUUAUUGAUGGCGGAGCGCCUGGUAGCGUAGGUCCGGCUCCUGCCUCCGGGGUGCUGCCGCCGACGGUCAGCACCAACUACCCUGGACUCAGCGUCAGUUCCAUCGUGCCUGUGUCCAACAGCCUUAAUGGUCCGGUACUGUCGGGGUCUAACGACUGUCAAGUGAGCGGAUGGAGUGAGUGGAGUCGCUGCAGCGUCACCUGCGGGGUCGGCUAUCAGGAGCGCACGCGCACCGUGCUCGUACCCGCUGGUCCCGGCGGUGCGCCUUGCCCCAGCAGGAUGUCUCGACGUCGCCGCUGCUCUCGCAACUGCUAAACUCCUGCGCAUUCUAUACGUAAUUAAUGUAAAUAAUUCUUAUAGAAACUAAAUGUUUCUUUCAAAGUAAAUUUUACACUUUGAAAGUCGGCAGGAACUGACCAGGUGAACUUCUCGAAUUAUAAAAGAUUUUUCCUCGCAUACCUACUCACGCAGACCAUUUUGUUAAAAUAUACCAUAUCAUUAGGUUAACUAUUAGGAAUAAAGCAAUAAAUAAUAACUAAGUAAUUAAAGAUUGUUUAUAACGUGGGUAGCAAAUAAGUGAACUAACUACUUACUUAAGAUUUUUGUAAUGCAUUUAUGUCUAUACAGCUUGUUAAGUACCAAAGUUUAGUCAUAGUAAAAUAAAGUUUGACUUUUUUACAGAUUA